UGUCUAUUUAAAAAUGUUUUGUUUGUAUUAGGUACCAGAGAAAUGGGAGAUCCAGAAACUAUUGCCAAAAGCCAGGAUAUCUGGCCAGAGGAACAUCUCUUUUCUCUUUUUGCUUGAAUAACAAAAGCAUGUUGGUAGUGGUCGACCAGGCAUGGCGGACACAGUCCUUGUGGAGGAUUUAAAGUCUUGGGCCAUCAAGGGAGUGUGUACCAGGGUCAAAACUGAGGGUUCCAGACUCGGGUUUCCCAGAUAAUCAUUGGGGACCAUUUGGAGAGAAGGACUGAUAGAGGGAGAGGAGAAUCCGAGCUGUUAAUGAGCCAUCAGCAUUUUAAUCGAUGCAUAAGAGGAAGAGAAAAGAAGCAAAGUCAAAAAGCACAACCAUUUAGGAAACACAUCUGAACGCACUUUUGGGGAAGGAUUCUCCACAAACAGAAGAACAGAACGUUGUUCUAUGCAGGUGUCACCGAGAGCUGCAAAGGCCAGCAGCCAGGGCUGCAUCCGCCUGCGAAAGGGAGGGUCAUGCUCCAGGGCUCUGACCGCUAGGUGGUGCUUGAGGCCCGCGCCUGGGAAAAGGCAAAGAGAAGGGGUCCCCAGGGAGCCCGACACGGAGGCGGGGCUGCGAGGCUGUACAAAGGCCGGAGCGGCAGCCCGGCUCAGGGCGCCUGUGCGCUGUCUGAGGAGUCCCGUCCUGGGGUGAUGGCAGUUCGGCUCCCGGCAGCCGUCCCAGCCUGUGGAUGCCAGUGUCCCGAGCGAAGGGCCCACGGGCUGCUGAGCAGGAGAAGAGGAGCGGGGUAGAGCGCUGUAAACUUGGUGCCAAGAAGAGGAGCAAUGAAUUCCUCAUUUCACCUGGAUUUCUUAGUUCUCAACCUGAAUGCCACAGAGGGCAACCAUUCAGGACCGAAUGUUCAGAACAAGUCCUCACCGUGUGAAAAUAUGGGCAUCGCCGUGGAGGUGUUUCUGACUUUGGGUCUCAUCAGCCUCUUGGAGAACAUCUUGGUCAUAGGCGCCAUAAUAAAGAACAAGAACUUGCACUCUCCCAUGUAUUUCUUUGUGUGCAGUUUAGCUGUAGCUGACAUGAUGGUGAGCAUGUCCAACACCUGGGAGACCAUCGCCAUAUACUUAAUAAGUAAUAAGCACGUGGUGAUAGCGGAUGCCUUUGUGCGUAAUAUUGACUAUGUGUUUGACUCCAUGAUCUGCAUCUCUGUGGUGGCUUCCAUGUGCAGCUUGCUGGCCAUCGCGGUGGAUAGAUAUGUCACUAUCUUCUAUGCCCUGCGCUACCACCACAUCAUGACAGUGAAGCGUUGCGGGGUGAUCAUUGCGUGCAUCUGGAUCUUUUGCAUCGGCUGUGGCAUUGUUUUCAUCAUUUACCACGAGUCCACUUACGUCAUCAUUUGCCUCAUCUCCAUGUUCUUCACCAUGUUGUUCCUCAUGGUGUCUCUGUACAUACACAUGUUUCUCCUGGCACGAACGCAUGUCAAGCAGAUAGCAGCUCUGCCUGGAUACAGUUCCGUGCGGCAGAGGACCAGCAUGAAAGGCGCCAUCACCCUGACCAUGUUGCUAGGCGUUUUCAUUGUGUGCUGGGCUCCGUUCUUCCUCCAUCUCAUUCUGAGGAUCUCUUGCCCUCAGAAUCUCUACUGUUCUUGCUUUAUGUCUCACUUCAACAUGUACCUCAUACUCAUCAUGUGCAAUUCUGUGAUCGAUCCUCUGAUAUACGCCUUUCGCAGCCAAGAGAUGCGGAAGACCUUUAAGGAGAUUAUUUGUUGCCAUGGCUUCAGGAUACCCUGUAGGUUCCCUAGCAGCUAUUAAAAGUGCCCUCUGCAGCUUUCUUUUCUCCUUCCUUCGCUUUAUAAUGAAGUCAGUUAGGGGUAAUCAAGAUAACUCAAAAUCAAAACUGUGCAUUCCAUUUAUCUUUUCUCUCGCUCUUGAAUUAGUACUUAAGAUGCACCCCCCCCCCC